AAAAAGGAUGAAACAAAAAACGCCGGUACAAAGUUUGAAAUAUAAAAUUUUAGCUCUGGAAAAAGCACAUCCAUCCAACAUAUAUAAAACCAAAACCACCUCCUCUCUCACUCAGAUCUCGAUACCAAUCCACAUGGCGACGACCACCGUAAACCACCUCACCAACCACCACCAACUAUCAUCAACCACCAACCGCCACCGUAUAACCUCCUACUUCAACGACUCAACACUCAACGACAUCAACAAAUUUUCAAACAAAUCAAUCCGUCUCGCUAAAUCCAUCACAAACCUCUUAAACCUCUCCAUCGAUAAACCGUCGCUAAAAAGCCUCCUCCAACGCUUCAACCAAAACGUCGUCGUUCAAGCCGAUUCAAAGCUCGACUUACCGACAUCAUCACCUAAAGAAGAUAUCUCCACACUUUGGCGCCAAAUCCACGGUGGAUCCGAUUGGGAGAAUCUUCUAGAUCCACUUCAUCAUCUUCUCCGUAGAGAGAUAAUAAAAUACGGUGAGUUCGCACAAGCAACGUAUGAUGCUUUUGACUUUGACUCGUUCUCCGAGUAUUGCGGAAGUUGUUUGUAUAACCAACAAAGCUUUUUUAACAAGUUAGGGCUUCAGAAGCAUGGGUAUGAUGUGAGGAGAUAUGUUUAUGCCAUGUCACAAUAUGAGAUUCCUAGGUGGCUUGAGAAGUCCUACGUGGCGGACACGUGGAGUAAGGAUAGUAAUUGGAUGGGUUAUGUGGCGGUUAGUGAUGACGUGGAGACGAGGCGGAUUGGGAGGAGAGAUGUUGUGGUGGCGUGGCGUGGGACCGUGUUGCCUUCGGAGUGGUAUGAGGAUAUGCAAAGGGAUUUAGAGCCGUUAGGGCAUGGUGAAGCGAAGGUGGAGAGAGGGUUUUUGAGUAUUUAUAAGUCUAAGCGUGUGACGACGAGGUAUAAUAAGACGAGUGCGUCGGAUCAGGUGAUGGGGGAAUUGAAGCGGUUGGUUAAGUUUUAUAAGGAGAGAGGCGAGGAAGUUAGUCUUACGAUUACUGGGCAUAGUUUGGGUGGUGCGUUAGCGCUGUUGAACGCUUAUGAGGCUUCUAUAAUGUUUCCAACUCUUCCGAUAAGCGUGAUAUCUUUUGGUGCACCAAGGGUUGGAAAUAUCGCUUUUAGGGACGAGCUUCAUCAUAAAGGCGUGAAAGCGUUGCGAAUCACCAUAAAGCAAGAUCUCGUCCCUCGUAUGCCUGGAAUUGUUUUUAACGAGACCUUGCAAAAAUUUGAUGACCUGACGGGCACCCUUGAGUGGGUUUACCACCACGUUGGGGCAGAGUUGAAGCUUGACGUCAGAGCUUCACCUUUUCUUAAACGUGGGUCAAAUUUUAUUGGGAUUCAUCAUCCUGAGACGUAUUUACAUCUUAUAGAUGGAUACGUUAGUAGCACCUCGCCGUUUCGGCCUGACGCUAAGCGGGAUGUGGCACUAGUCAAUAAAUAUUGUGAUAUGCUUGUAAAUGAGCUUAGGAUACCACCAUGUUGGUAUCAAUUAAGCAACAAAGGGUUAGUUUCCAAUAAAGUUGGAAGAAUGGUUCGACCUAAAAGGUCAUCUGAAGACAUACCUUCACCACCUAUUGAAGAAGAAAAUUUAGAUGUUUAGGCUUAAUCAUUUGGUUGAUAAAUCCAUUUAAUGGUGUAUUAUAAUUGUAGCUUCUUUAAUGAAUACAUUUUUUAUUUGUUCACCAUCUAA